AUGGGCAAGCGGAAAAGGCGGAGUUCUGGCGCCAAAUGGGAGGAGCCAGGGGCGUCUGGUGUCAAAUGGGAGGAGUCAGGGGCGUCUGGUAUCAAGUGGGAGGAGCCAGGGGCGUCUGGUAUCAAGUGGGAGGAGCCAGGGGCGUCUGGUGUCAAGUGGGAGGAGUCAGGGACGUCUGGCGUCAAGUGGGAGGAGUCAGGGGCGGGGUUGAAGAGAUCAAAGCGGUUUAUUGACGGGUUCGAGGUGUCGGAGAGUAACCCCCGCUACAACGACAACAACGGACCACCCAACGACCAGGGGCUGUUUACUGGGAACAAGUCUGCUCUGAGGGCCAUCGAGGAUGAGUUCAAGUUUAUUUUCUCUACCAUGCCCAAGAACACCAGAGAAUUCAUCGGUCACCAGAUUGACGACAUGCUCAUGGAGUGCACGUUCAGAGGCAUCGAGUGCUUCAGCGAACGUGCCAACAGUUCUGUGUACAGUCCAGCAUUGUCACAAGGUGUGGAUGUUUCGACCCAGAGGAUGAGGAAAUCUUCAAACGGUUGAACGAGACGGACACCGACAUCAGCUUCUGCCGCUCUGCCAAUGAGACUUUCUGUCUGGUGGAGAUCCUGAGUGAGUACAACUCAGGGACCCUACAGUGUGACUGCCCCAGCCCCUGCGAAGCAUCUUUCUUGAAGAUUGUCGUCUAUUUCGAGGAUUUGAACUACGAGAAUAUCACGGAGCAGCCUGACUACGAGCCGUUCCAGUUCGUGUCUGACAUCGGCGGUACCAUCGGGCUGUGGAUCGGCCUAUCGCUCAUCAGCGUGUUUGAGGUGUUCCAAUUCUUCUACGAGCUUCUACACUUCUUCAUCUACACAAAACCCAAGCAAGACAGGAAGAUGAAACAGAAAAAACACGGCUCUCGCGUGGCCAUGAAGUUCAUCCCCGGGCUGUCCACGGACCCGUCCCUGCAAACUGCCUCGUCAAAGCUGGCCGCUCUCAGAUCGCUGGACCAGAAGUAUCUACCCGGAGACCAGAGCAGAAGCGUGUCGCUGCCUCGGACUCGGAGCAGCCGAUCCUCGGACGGAACCGAGGAGAACCGGUUGAUUGGGAUAUCCGAUAUACCGGGAUCGGAUCCUCGAAAGGUUGGUUUUUCUGACGCGGUGAAUCAUGCGGAUGUGAAUUGGGAGAUUAAUGAGAAACAGAGUCCUAUACCGGAGAGGAGUAUCGGAAAUGGACUCAGUCUGGGGGCUGCUGUCUUCUACACUGGGGGUAAAAAUAGAGAUAGGAGAAACCCACACCGUGAUAAUACGAAAGACGGAACCGGCAAGGAUUACAACGAUGCUAGGAAUGAUAUUAUGUACCCAGGGCCGAAACCAGAGGCGAAUAACCUAUCAAGUGACAAGGAACAAUACUACGAAAUCCCCGCCGAUGUGAGACAAACUGGCGACAGGGGAGGCGACUACAGUAGAUCGGCUAAGAACGGACGGAUUCUUUUCAGGGGACAUCAUUCUGGCUGGCCUGUCAACGACCGGAGUUUCCAUGGCAACCAUCACCACGCAAACCAUGGCAACCAACAGCACGCGAACCAUAGCAACCAUCACCAGGCGAACCAUGGGUACGAGAACCCUGCCUUUCAAGGCCGGAUGAAGGACAGUUCUGUGCUGCAUCUCAACAAUCAUAUGUCUAUGCAUGACACUUCGGGAACUGCAUGAGAAGAUCUUGACAAAGUUAGCUGGUGUGUUUGGAAAUUACAGUAGUUUAGACGAGAUCAUUUUUGUAAAGGGUUGCUUUUUUCUCUUUUAGCGUAGUCAUGAUUUGUGUGUCGUUUAGACAUGUAUGAGUUCUCUUGUCGGCAGGGAACA